GAGUUUGGUACGAGGAAGAAACUUAAGUUGACCAAGGACCAGUCAGUCAUUCUAGAAGACAGCUUCAAAGAACACACUACUCUUAAUUCUAAACAAAAGCAUGACUUGGCGAGGAGGCUAAAUCUGCAUCCGCGACAAGUCGAAGUCUGGUUCCAAAAUCGAAGAGCCAGGACGAAACUGAAGGAAACAGAAGUAGGCCAUGAGCUCCUAAGAAACUGCUUUGAAGCACUUUCUAAUGAGAACAAAAGGUUGGAAAAGGAGGUGCAAGAGCUGAAAACAUCAACAGGCAACCACACAACGCUGCCGCCGCCAUUUUACAAAAUGGCCGCCCCGGUCAUUACUAUGUGCUAUUUUUGUGAGAGGUCUUUUGGAGGAGAAUCUGUUGCAUACAACUCAAAACAAUCUUCUCCUGUCAUGUACAGCUCUU